AAAUAGGCCGGCGAAGAAGAGCCGGCCACUCCAAGAGAGAGAGAGACGGCUGGAGAGCUCCAGGGAGGUCACCCACGCCCUUCAGGAUGAAAGCUGUGGUGCUGGCCGUGGCUGUGCUCUUCCUGACGGGGAGCCAGGCUCGGCACUUCUGGCAGCGGGAUGACCCCCAGACCUCCUGGGACAGAGUGAAGGAUUUCGCCACUGUGUAUGUGGAUGCAAUCAAAGACAGCGGCCGAGAUUAUGUGUCCCAGUUUGAAAGUUCCGCCUUGGGCCAACAGCUGGGCCUGAAACUCGUGGACAACUGGGACACCGUGGGCACAACCGUUGGUCGCCUGCAGGAACAGCUGGGCCCGGUGACUCAGGAGUUCUGGAGUAACCUGGAAAAGGACACAGAUUGGCUGAGGCAGGAGAUGAACAAGGACCUGGAGGAGGUGAAGAAACAGGUGCAACCCUAUCUGGACCAGUUCCAGACCAAGUGGCAGGCGGAGAUGGAGCACUACCGCCAGAAGGUGGGGCCCCUGGGCGCCGAUCUGCGCGAAGGCGCGCGCCAGAAGCUGCAGGAGCUGCAGCAGAAGCUAGCCCCGGUGGGCGAGGAUAUUCGCGACCGCAUGCGCACUCACGUCGACGCUCUGCGCUCAAAUCUGUCGCCCUACAGCGACAAGAUGCGGGAGCGCCUGGCCGAGCACCUGGCCAAGCUCAAGGACAGCACCACCCUGGCCGAGUACCGUACCAAGGCCAGCAAUCACCUGCAGACUCUCAGUGAGAAGGCCAAACCCGCUCUGGAGGACCUGCGUCAGGGCCUCUCGCCUAUGCUGGAGGGCUUCAGGACCACCAUAAUGGAAUGGAUCGACGAAACCAGCAAGAAGCUGAGCACCCAGUGAGGCGCCUACCUCUGCUCCCUACCCCUACAUCGGUUUUCUUAGAAUAAACCUUUCCAAAGUGGGA